AUGACGACAUCACCAACAAAUUCAAAUCGCCCUACAUACAUUAAAUCUCAUAAAAAUGCUUCAUUCUCGUAUUUGCCGGAAUGUGCUUCCUUUCAGCAAGGAACGCUUGGUGACUCGGACAGUCAUUUAGUUGGUAAUCUACAUCUCAACUAUCAAAAAACUCAUCAAGUUAAAAGUGUUCUCUUACAUUUAAAAGGCGUUGAAAAAACGUCAUGGCAUAAGGCGCAAGCGAGAUCCAAAGCGCUGUACACGGGGGAACAGAUCCUUGUCGAUCAAACCUAUAAAAUUUGGGAACAGGAGGAUCAGGAGAACUCGAUCAAUCAUCUGGACAUUCCCUUUAAAGUAAAAUUACCUUAUAAUCUUCCCGAAACAAUCACGACGGAAGUUGGAUCGGUAAAUUACACUUUACGCGCCGUCAUUAAUAGAAAGGGGGGAUUGGUCUCUUCUCCGACUCAAGUGAUUGAAGUUAACUGUCCUCUCAAGAGAACCAUAAACUUGGAAGGUUCAAACAAUGUUCCUUACAAAUUACGUGGAGAAUCGAGGAGCGGGUUGGAUUAUACGUUUGUUUUGCCACCAAACAAAAGUUUUAACCUUGGAACUUACGUUUCUAUACCGAUGAGGAUCCGUUUCUUAAGGCCUGGUAUAAGCGUUGAACGAGUCGAAAUUUCAUUGAAAACUUGUAUGGAUUUUCGAUGUAAUAAUCCGAAUGAAACUCGUCAUACCAAGGAACAUGCGGCCUCCCUUUUGAUUCCAAGGCAAGAGAUCAAAUAUUUACAACCUCUUUCGCAUCACUACGAAGCAUCACUCAUCAACUUUGCAUCAAAUUUUGUUUAUGGGGAGCCGAUAUGGACUUUCAAGUUGAAGAAAGUCAGCAGUGGUAGUGGCAGCAUUCAUAAUGCUAGAAGCUUGCUUUCACCUCACACUCCAACAUUUGAUGCGCCCAUUGUUGGUCAAUAUUCACCAAAUCCAUCGGUUUAUGAUCCUGAUGAGAUCAGCAUUGAAAUAAGGGACAUGAAAUCAAAUAAUAAUGGAUUUGGAAUCUCAAGCGGUGGAGAUCGAUACGCAUAUCCUGACAAGAAUCAUCCCGAAAUGCAAUUAUACAUGUCCCAGCAACAAUUACAUAACGCGUCAGUGGGGAGAUCACCUUCGAUGUCAGAUUUUCCACCACCUCCGCCAUUUUCUUAUCAUUCAGAAGGUCCAAACGUGGCGCCAAAAUCACCACCUAUUCAUCCUCCUCCGUCGACACCGAUACCACCACCGAUCUCUACAUCCGAACGAUUUGUCGAUGGGUUGCCUUCACCCACCUCUCCUCCAAAUUCAUCAAAAUUACCUCCUUAUCCAGUAGAAAGGCGACAUUCUACUAGUAGUAACAGCAAUGAGAAAGCUCCUCCACGACCCAUCGCUUCGCCUCCACCAUAUCGCGGUCACCUUCAAACGAGACCUUAUGUUGAAGCUUAUACUUAUAAUUUCGACGAUUAG